AUAUAAAGAGAGACCCAAGGACUUGUUAACACCAUACAAACAUUGAGCUUUACAAUUAUCUUCGAAGAAAAUAAGAACAAAUUAAAGAGCAAUAUGGCAACGAAGAACCACGUUCGCUCCAAUAGUUUUCCUUCUCAAUCUCAUCCUAACUCCACUAGAAUAGAACAAGAGCUAAGCAAAAUCAAGACAUGGGAAACCACAUCAACAUCCACAUCCGGUUCAAUUACCAAUGGCCUUUUUUUGCUUGAAGAUUUGUACACUUCAUUGGAAGAUUUUCUCAAUAUGACAUCAACACAAAAGGUCAUUUCUCAGCAUCAAGGUGAGAACUUUGUGGAAGAGUUGUUGGAUGGAUCAAUGAAAAUUUUGGAUAUUUGUGGUAUCACAAGAGACACUGUGUUAGAAAUUAAAGAAAAUAUUGAAGCACUUCACUCUUCUCUUAGAAGGAGAAAGGGAGAUUCAAGCUUUGAAACAAGUGUAGCCAAAUAUAACUCUUUCACAAAGAGGAUGAAGAAGAACAUCACAAAGUUGAUCACAUCUCUAAAACAAAUGGAAAGUAAAUUUGGAGUUUCCACACUUUUGAACCAAGAACAAGAAGUUGUUUCUGUGAUAAGAGUUCUUAGAGAGGUUAUAGUAAUGAACAUAUCUAUCUUUCAAUCUAUUUUUUCUUUCUUGGUUUCCAAGUCAAAGGCAACCAAAUGGUUGAAAAUGGCAAAGUUGAUGCAUAAGAGGACAAUAUCAUGUGAGGAGGAGAAUUUAAAUGAAUUGCAGUGUGUGGAUGCAUCCUUAAGAACCCUUUUACGCGAAGGUUCUGAUGUUACCAAGUUGCAGGCUGCACAUGAAAGUUUUGAAGCUUUGGAGAGUGCAACUGAAUUGCUAGAGAAAGGAUUGGAAAGUGUAUUUAGGUGUUUGGUUAAAACUAGAGUUUGUCUUUUGAACAUCAUGACACAAUAGUUUGCUAGGUCUUAAUUUUCUCUCCAAAGCAAGCAUCCAAAUUUUAAGGAUCUGCAGAGGAUUGAAAUUUUUUGUAUAGAUACAUUAGAAUCAAAUACAAUGAAAAGCUUAUAAUAAUUACUACCCUCUAGUCAUCUCAUGUGCUUUUAACCAAUGUACUCUAAACAUAUUAAG